AUGGGGGAUUUUAUAGGCCAUGCUGUUCCGGGCACCAUUCUGCUAUUGUUUGGCCUGUGGUGGUCCAUCAAAUACUCCGUCAGGUGGGCCAGUCGGGUAAGGGGCCGUGAGACGAGCUCAGCUGCAGCGCGCUGUAACUGUGGUCCAAGUCGUUUCCUGAAGAGGCUUCCUGUAGAAGGACUGUGCAAAACUAUACUCGGAACAUCAGGAAUAUUCUUGGAACAGCAUGUCGGCAAUUGGACGCUCAUUGAUCCCGUAACUUCAGAGUUCCACAUGGUAGGUAUCUGGCAACACACCACCAUGGAUCUGUUCCUCGUCCUGAACGGGUUCUGUGAUGUUGUGAUUGCACUGGGAGCGCCUGUGCCCAGAGGAAUAGACCACGUCUCCCUGUCGAUGGCGUAUGCAGUAGAAGGACUGUUGUUCUUCUAUCACGUGCACGGCCGUACUUGCGUGGACGUCCGUCUCCACAUGCUGCUGGUGCUGGCUGCGGGUUUGUGUGCUGCUGCGAGUGGGCUGGAGGCCUGGAAGUCUGACAUCUUACUACUGCCCAUGUUGCGGACAGCAUGUACUCUUCAACAGGGCACCUGGUUCUGGCAGAUCGCUUUCAUCUUAUAUUCCCCCUUUCCUGGCCACGAUUGGGACCUGGACAGCCAUGAGAACAUGAUGUUUGUCUCCAUGGCGUUCUGUUGGCACUUGCUGGGUGUCCUGCUCUUCAUGUGUGUUGUGUACACAGUAGUCUAUCACAUCUACCGAGCCAAGGAGAAACAGUUAGGUACCGACAUGGAGCUGGGACUGAUGCAGACACACUCGGACUCCGAUAUGGACCAAUAACACAUACCACCGGGUCAAUGCUAACACCUGUCAACCUUGCAACUAGAUAACUACUACUUUUACAAAGAGGGACCUUCCGAUAACAAGUUCGACAUAUUCUAGAGGAGAAUGAGGUAGGAUUGCAGAUUAGUCCACCAACCUCGCAUAAGUAUCUUUUACUUUUAGGACCGCUUGUCGUAUUUGACAAUGUUAUCCAACGUGAACAUAUGUCUGGAUAGUUUGCAGAUAGAUAAUGU